CAAGAUGUCUGCGCCCAUGAUAUCCGACAUUUUCAAUUUUUACUGAUUGUUUUAGUGAAUUACUAAAUGAUUUUCACAAACCAUGAAGUUUACUCUUAGAAUCCGAACCGAGCAAGAAGAAGACAUCGAUUGGAGUGUAAAUCCAGAUGAAAUAACUUUCCCAAAUGUCUUAGAGGUCAUUUCAAAAAUUCUUCCGGGUAUAACUACUACAGCCUUUCAAUAUGUGGACGAAGAUGGUGAGAAAAUCACCGUACGCAGCGAUGAUGAGCUGAAGGCCAUGUUCGAGAUGUAUGAGUGUGAGAUUUCGGAGGAGGACCUUGCUCGAGGGACCGUCCCACCUCUCAUCAUCUAUCCUAGAAUUGGGAAAACACCAAAGGACAGAAACAGAUAUGACUUGAAGAUCAAAACAGAAACUGGAAGUAGUAAACCACCCAAAAACCAAAGUUCUCCAUUUAUGCCAGACAUGAGCCACCACAAGGCAAAGUCCAGUACCGAGCAGUUUUCCAAGAAAAUUACCUCCCCUUUACACCCUCUUCCUGGGAACCAGCCUUUCUCACAAGGUUCCCAGCUCGGAUAUAAUUCAGGUUCCCAACAGCCGACCAGCCCACAGCCAAUGGACGUGCCUAUGACCCCACAGAGUAUUCAGAUCGCCAGCUUACACCAAGUAAGCCCCCAGGCUGUCCAAAUAGCAGCAGACUAUGAGCAGCAGCAGAUGAGCUCGCCCACACAGACAGAGACGGACAGACGGACUGGAGAUAUGAAGCAGCUGUUGACGGGGGGAACGAUUGACGUGCAGCACUUGCAGCAGGUGGAGAUGAUAGGGAGUGGAAAUGGUGGAAAUGUCUACAAAGCCUUGCAUGUUCCCAGCCAGACAUUCAUGGCAGUGAAAGUAAUUGAAUUAGACGUGGAUAUAGAAAUACAGAGAAAGAUUAUCCUGGAAUUGGAUAUUCUACACAAGUGCGAUUCUCCCUCCAUCAUAGGUUUCUAUGGGGCGUUCUUUAUAGAAAACAGAAUCUCAAUAUGUACAGAAUAUAUGGAUGGAGGGUCCCUGGAGCGAUAUGGUCGUAUUCCUGAGGAGAUCUUGGGUCGUCUUGCUGUCAGGAUUAUAGAAGGACUGCUGUAUAUGUGGAGCCUAAAGGUCCUUCACAGAGAUAUAAAGCCGUCUAACAUUCUAGUCAAUACCAAAGGUGAUGUCAAGCUGUGUGACUUUGGAGUCAGUACGCAGCUUGUAAAGUCCAUAGCAAUUACUUAUGUCGGAACAAAUGCUUACAUGGCACCAGAAAGAAUAAAGGCAGAGAAUUAUGGAGUGCCAUCAGAGGUUUGGAGUCUCGGUGUCACAUUGUUUGAGCUUGCAACAGGGGAAUUUCCAUUUCAAGAGAUGGUGUCAAAAUCAAACCCUGGUAGUAUGUUCAACAUGAUUUUAGAAGGGAGGACUCCAGUAUUACCACAAGAUGUAUUCUCACCUGAGCUUAGUGAUUUUGUAGCAAGAUGUAUGCAGAAAGAUCCAGAUAGGCGAAUAACCCAAAUUAAUGUUCUGGGUCACCCACUGAUCCAGAAGUACCUACAGGAUAGAAACAUUUCUAAGGUGCUGUCAGCCUGGAUAACCAGUCAACUCCAGUUGUCCAAGGCACGGAGCACUCAACAGUCUUCAUAGCGUAACAUUUGCUCAAUCACAGAACACUCAACUGUCCUUAUAGUUAAAGCUGCGGAAGACAAAGAGCAUGUCCAAAAAUCGCCAUAGUUACAGUUGCUCAAGGAACAGAGCACUCAACAGUCUUAAUGUACAGUUAUUCAAAGCAUGAUGCACUCAACUGUCAUCAAUCCAUAAAAAAAUAAGUCUGGCCUUUUAACAGUCCUCAUUGCAAACUGCUGGUGGCAUAUUGUACUCAACAACCCAUGUAAUUGUACAUACGGGACAACACUUGCAAUAUCCAGGAUCUCUCAGCCUGAUUUGACAUUCAGCUCUGGAGGGCUUGCAGCACUCAACAACCUUUAUGUUAAGCUGCUUUAACCACGGUGCACUCAACAAGCCAUGUUUCAUCCACAAUUGUUGUCUUUAACUAAUUAGAAGUUUUGAAAGCUACAAUCUCCAGACAAAUGCUUGGAGCAGUCAACACCCUUCCUAACUCUUAACAAGUCCAGUUCUGUUAAAUGAAAGCUUGUAGCAACCCAUCUACAUGAAUGAGCUAUGGAAUGGUGCUAAAUGAUAUUUUAGUAUAUGCUGUGCAUAAUAGAUAUUAUGUUGUGCCAUUUCCAUUAAAGAAAAGGACAACUUUAGUACUGACUAGUGGUACUUGCAGGUAUCUUUGCAUGUGGUGAAGCAUGCAAUUUUUAUUCACCGAGUCUUGUCUAAUGUAGUUUUCUGUUGUGCAAGAUUUAAAAACAGUGCCAUCUGUUCAACAACUGUUUGAUUUAUAAAAGGUGUGUUAGUUAUUCCUUUUUCUGAAAUGAUACAAAAGGAAUCGAGUUAAGUAUAUGAAUUCAAAUAGUUGUUUUACUACAUGUUCAUUGACUGUAUAUGAGAGUGUAAAUAUAAAAAGUUGAGGGUCACAAAAAUUUCUAUGCAGCGCUUUGCAGAUUACAUUCCCUCUGAUUCUAAACUGAUCACAAGGUGUUAUUUAUAUAGAGGAUAUUUGUUUCAGUGUAAUAUCUAGAGGAUAUUUGUUUAUUUCAGUGUAAGAUCAUAUUUUUUUUUCACGAGUGUCAUACAAAAACAUAUUUUCACGAUUGGCAAAUUUUCUGUUUCUUUUAUGCUUAUUUUCCAAGUUUUAUACAAUUCUAAAAAAAAUUCUUCAUUACACACUUUUUUUUUAAAAGGUGUUAUUCACGCCACUACCCGUGGGUUUGAUAUUUUCACUGUUGUUAUUUCACUGAUAAAACUAUCAUUUCAUCGAAAAGCAUGAAAGAAAGCAAUAUUUUUUUCAAAGAGUGAGCACUGAAAGUUAUAUUUCAUGAGUGGUGUUGGGACGAGUGAAAUAUUUACUUUUGCUGUGAAAUGUAAUGCAAUCUAACACUUAACCAAACAAUUUUACUUUUCAUUGCAUGCUUGAUAUGGAUCAAUAUCAGUAAUUAUUUGAUGCAAAAUUUUUAUCAAAAUCCAGUCAUACCAGAAAUGACAUCAUUGAUCGUUUUCCCAGGACUGUGAGCGAUUACAUUGGAUUUUUAGAGUUGAAAGGGCUUAAAUUAGUGAAAGAGUGAAAUUGUAUUUCGAUAACCAACUGUUUGAAAUAGUGAGUUUAAAAGGACAUAAACCAUUAUAGCAUAUCAUAAUGUAUAUAUAUCAUAUAGGUUAUGACACGCUGGGGUGCCAAGGAUGAUGAACCCAUGAAAACAUGAAAUAAAUGAAUGUAUUACACAUCUAUUUAUAAUGGCUGCAAUCCACAUUAGUUGUUUACAUUUAUUGUAUUACAUACAUUGCAUAACCAAAGAGCAUUGCAUGGUAUAAGAAGUGAAAUUAUCUUUUGAGAACUCACUGUUUGAAAUGGUGAGUUUAACAGGAUAUAAUCGAUUACUUUUCAAUAACUCCUUAAACCAUGAAUAACACAUCAAUUAAUAAUGAUAAGCAUCCACUGUUGUCAUUGUGUUGAUUGCAUUACAUACAUGUUUUACCAAAGAGGAUAACAUAAUAUAACAAAGAAAGAAUCGUUUAUAUUACUUCUUCAUUUUAAUUAUAAGCCUAAUUAUGAAACUUUGUCUUUUCAUCUUUGUGCAGUGAAGUUUCGGAGUAUGUAAUUUUAUGAAAAAGACUUUUUUUCUGUUUUAAUUCUUACAAUUAUUUAGUUUCCAAUUAUUUCUGAAACAUACAUAUAUAGUAUUUAAAUUGUUUAAAAGUGCUACAUAUACGGUACCGGUAUAUGUUUUUUUCAGCAAGAAUUUUAUAAUUUAUAGAUAUUGCUUUAAUAAUAUUGAAGUAGAUUUUGUAAUAGGAUGUUGUUGAGUAAUCAAGUUAAGAAAUACUUUGUCAAUAAAUCUAAAUUAAAGCUGUACUCUCAAAGAUGUACCAUUUUUACAACAUUUUUAUUUUUUGUCUUGAAAAGAGCAUUUUUUUGCAUAUAUUUCUGCAAACCAAUGAUUUAAGAUUGCUGACAAAAAAUCAGAUCUUAGAUUUCCAUAUUUCCAUUCGAAAAUCAAUGUUUUAUGGCUUAAACCGUUACUAAUGGUUUAAGAAAAAUGCAUAAAACAUCUUUUUUUACUUAAAUAUAAAAAUCUGCGAUCUAAAUUUUGUCAGCAGUCUUACAUAACUUGUUCCCAUGGAUUUUUGCAAAAAUUGGCUCGUUCCAAGAUAAAAAAGUUGUCAAAACUUUCAAUCUGUGUGAGUGCAGCUUUAAAGACUUGGUUGAGUAAUCAAGUUUAGAAAGACUUUGUCGAGUGAUCAUAUUUUGCUUUGAUGAAAUUAAAUUUGAUUUGUUGCUACAAAGUCCUGUUUACCACAUGUAUGUAUUAUAUAGGUGCCUAUAACUAAAAGACAUUAUAAAGUACAUCUGCUGUUUAACAUUUGUGCUGCCAUCAAGAGAUUUAUUUUUCAAAAGUUCAAUGCAAGUUUGAGUAAGCAGCAUAUGAUCAUUCAUGUAUAAUUAUGGUAGUUUUGUUUAGCUAGUGAUUGAUAUGAAUCAUCAUAGUUCUGUUAUAUUCUAGGGCAUUGCUCUAUAUGCAAAGGUAAUCCCCAUGUUAAUGUUCAUCCCAGAUUAGGUUGAACGUAUCAGUCACAUUUGUUAUUAUAUUCUAAGUGUAUACAGUAAUUCUACAAGUGUGCUGGUACAAAAAAUAUAGAAACAUUUAUAUUAUUUUACUGUGAUAGUUAUAUCAUUCAAGAUUGUUAUUUGAUAAUAAAGGUAUC